UUAAAUAUUGUUUAUUAAAGUUUUCUCACAAUGGGUUGCGACGGUGGUACAAUCCCUCGACGAAGUGAACUCGUCAGGAUGAAGAAGAAGCCAGAACAGAAAGAUAAAGAUGCAGAACGGUCAUUCAAGUGGCGUAACUGCGCUCUGUCCCAGCAACCUUUGCAAGAGCCUGUGGUGGCCUGUGGCCUCGGUAGGCUGUACAGCAAGAAUUCUGUGCUUGAGGUGCUGCUGGACGGGGAAACUAAGCCAGACUUCAUUAGCCACAUCGAAAGUUUAGAGGACAUCAAAGACUUAAAGCUGGUGAAAAACCCCGCAUAUACAGCUGCUGAUCACACCCAUGGUGACGUGGGUGCUGGCAAUGUCCCCUACAUCUGCCCCGUCAGUGGACUGGAGAUGUCCGGCAAGUUCCGCUUUGUGUUCCUCUGGAACUGCGGGUGUGUCCUCGCUGAGAGGGCACUUAAAGAAGUCAGACAGAAUCUCUGUCACAUGUGUCAGCAACCAUUCACAGACAAUGAUGUAGUACCACUUAAUGGAACUGAUGAUGACAUAAAAAAAUUAAAGGAAAAAAUGGCUCUCAGAGUUGCUAGCAGAGAAAGCUCUAAAGAAACAAAGACUGAAACAACAUUGAAGACAAAAGUUAAGCUUGAGCCGUUGACUCCCGGACCAUCCACAUCUACAAAAGUUUCCACAGAUGUAAUAAAACCAGAGAAUGGCAUAAAAAAAAGUGAAUCUGGCCCUAGCUCGAGGACUGCAGUGAAGAAAGAAAAAAUUAAAACAAUACCAUUGUCUCUGCCCAGGUAUAAUCCUAACCAGUAUGCAAGGGGACAUUUUGGAUCUAGAAAGCGUGCCCACCCCACAGAACUAGCCCAAGACCCAUCAUAUAAGAAAACCAAGAAAGAGUACAGUGUAGCUAAGGACCCUCAAACCAGUGAAGUGUUCAAGUCAUUAUUCACUUCACACCAAAGUAAUAAAAACCAGCAGAGGGCUCAUUGGGUCACUUAUAAUCCUUUUUAUAAUUAAUAAAUUGUAGUUAGCACUGAUUUGUUUAUAGUUAAGUUGAAGAUUGUAUUAAAAUAAAUAAAACAAAGAAAUGUACAAAAAAUGGUACCUACUUUUAUUUCCACAUGUAAAUUGAUG